UCAUUCGACUUUCAGUUGUGCCAAAGGGUGGUAGAGAGAAGAUUUUAUUUUGAGAACUUCCAGAAUCUAUGAUGGAGUUUGUCAGCUUCGAUGCCAAAAACAAGACCCUUUCUUUAAAAAGAGGAAAUAUUCCGAAACCCGCUGAAGAUGAGGUCCUCGUGAGGGUUGCAUAUUCUGGAAUUUGCGGCAGUGAUCUUCACGUUUUAGCCGGUAAUUUUCCGUGCAAAGAAGAUGCUCCAUUCACCCCUGGUCAUGAAUUUGUUGGUACGAUUGAGGCUAUUGGUUCUGGUGUGAAAACGUUUAAAGUUGGAGACAAAGUAGCUGUUGAUCCCAAUAGUGGAUGUGGGAUAUGUAAAUUUUGCCAUAAUGGAAAUUAUCAUUACUGUUUAAGAGGUGGCAUACACAAUACUAUUGGUAUAUUUAGAAAUGGCGGCUGGUCCACUCAUACCCUUGUUCCAGAAUCUCAAACCUUCUUAAUACCGGAAGGAGUAGAACUUCAACAAGCAGCGCUAAGUGAGCCAUUGUCAUGUCUCGCACAUGGUUGGGAUAUUAUAAAUCCUGUGACUGUUGGGAGUAACAUCCUCUUACUUGGUGCAGGAAUUAUUGGACUUUUAUGGGCAUCUAUUCUCCAUUUGCAUGGUAUAAGAAAAACGGUGACAGUUAGUGAACCUCAGGAUAAAAGAAGAGAGAUGGCAAAAAAUUUAAAUUUAGGUUACAGUACUAAAAGCCCACAGGAUUUAAAGGAAAACGAAUACGAUUUGGCGAUAGAUUGUAGUGGUUCAGGACCUGCCAUAGAAUCAGCAUUGCAGCUUUUGGGACCAGGAGGCCGUUUAUGUUGUUUUGGUAUAGCGAAUCCCAAAACAAAAAUUUCUGUUGAACCCUUCCAGCUCUAUAAAAAGGAACUGAAAAUCCUGGGUGUGAACAUAAAUCCAUACACGUUCCCAAGAGGAUUAUCUCUUGUACAGGCUAUGGCUGAUCGUUACCUUUCCUACGAAAAACUUGGGAUUAAAGUCUUCGAAUUAUCUGAAUAUGAAGAGGCUGUGACUGCACUGAAAAAUGGUGAAAUAAGCAAAGCUGUUUUUAAAUUGUGUUGAUAUGCAUUAUAUUUCAGUAAAAUCUUUAACAAGUGUUUUUUAAAAUAGAUUAUGUAGCUGGAAACUACCGCUAUAAAGAAUAUAUAAAAAAUAAAUUUAUAUUG